AUGGGCCCGCACUUUCCACCAAUCCUGUCCGUUCUGAUCAUAUUCACAAUCAUUAUCACAAGCCAUUCUCCUCUCUCCAUCGGCUCUUCGCCGCCGCUGCCACCGGCGCGGCAGGACCGUCCCAAUUCCAUCUCACCUGUUCCCUCAUCACUCUCAGAAUUUACAUCCCCGCCACCGCCCCACCGCCGUCACAGUCCUCUGCCCUCGUCACUCUCAGACUUUACGCCGCCAUCGCGCCAGCGUUCUCGGGGUCCGGGUGGAAGAGCCGAUCACCACCGUCAAAUUAAGAAGUCCCCGCGGCACAAUUUCAAUCUGGGGAAGAAGAUUGGGCUCCUGUUUAUAGGCGUCGCUGCCAUCUUGCAGGUUGCUGUUGCGGGGUUCCUGGUUUUUAAGGGAUGGCGGAUUGCGAAGAUGAAAGACCGAGGAAACGAUCGUUCAACUUGA